GUGAGUCUGGCGAAUCAGAAAGAAGAAAGAAAGAAGACUUGAACUUUGAGAACCAAUGAUAUAUAAACUCCCACUUGUGCAAGUCUGGCGAAUCAUUACAGUUAAUGAAGAGGGAGGAGCUAUCAUUAAUUAGCUGAAAUCUGUAGAGUACAAAAAGACCAAAGGGCAGUCUCUCCACUUUGUGAUUAGCUAUUGAACAAUGGCUGGAAGUUGGUGUUUGGGGCAGAUUUUGGCAGUUUGUGCUUUGUGUCAUGCUGUUCCUCAGCGGAAUGAUCUGCCCCAGAACACUCAAGCUCUGAUGUUCCAGCAGACUGACCAGCAGUUUCAGAAGCCAGUUCAACAGCAGACUGACCAGCGGUUUCAGAAGCCAGUUCAACAGCAAACUGACCAACGGUUUCAGAAGCCAGUUCAACAACAAAUUGACCAGCGGUUUCAGAAGCCAGUUCAACAACAAAUUGACCAGUGGAUUCAGAAGCCAGUUCAACAAACUGACCAGCGGUUUCAGAAGCUAGUUCAACAGCAAACUGACCAACGGUUUCAGAAGCCAGUUCAACAAACUGACCAGCGGUUUCAGAAGCUAGUUCAACAGCAAACUGACCAACGGUUUCAGAAGCCAGUUCAACAGCAAACUGACCAACGGUUUCAGAAGCCAGUUCAACAACAAAUUGACCAGUGGAUUCAGAAGCCAGUUCAACAACAAAUUGACCAGCGGUUUCAGAAGCUAGUUCAACAGCAAACUGACCAACGGUUUCAGAAGCCAGUUCAACAACAAAUUGACCAGUGGAUUCAGAAGCCAGUUCAACAAACUGACCAGCGGUUUCAGAAGCUAGUUCAACAGCAAACUGACCAACGGUUUCAGAAGCCAGUUCAACAACAAAUUGACCAGUGGAUUCAGAAGCCAGUUCAACAAACUAACCAGCGGUUUCAGAAGCCAGUUCAACAACAAACCAACCAGUGGAUUCAGAAGCCAGUUCAACAAACUGACCAGCGGUUUCAGAAGCAGUUCAACAGCAAACUGACCAGCGGUUUCAGAAGCCAGUUCAACAACAAACUGACCAACGGUUUCAGAAGCCAGUUCAACAGCAAACUGACCAACGGUUUCAGAAGCCAGUUCAACAGCAAACUGACCAGCGGUUUCAGAAGCCAGUUCAACAGCAAACGCCAGUUCAACCAAACUGACCAGCGGUUUCAGAAGCCAGUUCAACAGCAAACUGACCAGCGGUUUCAGAAGCCGGUUCAACAGCAAACUGACCAACGGUUUCAGAAGCCGGUUCAACAACAAAUUGACCAGUGGAUUCAGAAGCCAGUUCAACAAACUGACCAGCGGUUUCAGAAGCCAGUUCAACAACAAAUUGACCAGUGGCUUCAGAAGCCAGUUCAACAAACUGACCAGCGGUUUCAGAAGCUAGUUCAACAGCAAACUGACCAACGGUUUCAGAAGCCAGUUCAACAACAAACUGACCAGUGGAUUCAGAAGCCAGUUCAACAAACUGACCAGCGGUUUCAGAAGCUAGUUCAACAGCAAACUGACCAACGGUUUCAGCAGCCAGUUCAACAGCAAACUGACCAACGGUUUCAGCAGCCAGUUCAACAGCAAACUGACCAGCGGUUUCAGAAGCUAGUUCAACAGCAAACUGACCAGCGGUUUCAGAAGCCAGUUCAACAAACUGACCAGUGGUUUCAGAAGCUAGUGCAACAGCAAACGCCAGUUCAACAGCAAACUGACCAGCGGUUUCAGAAGCUAGUUCAACAGCAAACUGACCAACGGUUUCAGCAGCCAGUUCAACAGCAAACUGACCAACGGUUUCAGCAGCCAGUUCAACAGCAAACUGACCAACGGUUUCAGCAGCCAGUUCAACAGCAAACUGACCAGCGGUUUCAGAAGCUAGUUCAACAGCAAACUGACCAGCGGUUUCAGAAGCCAGUUCAACAAACUGACCAGUGGUUUCAGAAGCUAGUGCAACAGCAAACGCCAGUUCAACAGCAAACUGACCAGCGGUUUCAGAAGCUAGUUCAACAGCAAACUGACCAGCGUCUUCAGAAGCCUGUUCAACAGCAAACUGACCAACGGUUUCAGAAGCCAGUUCAACAAACUGACCAGAGGUUUCAGAAGCUAGUUCAACAGCAAACGCCAGUUCAACAGCAAACUGACCAGCGGUUUCAGAAGCCAGUUCAACAGCAAAUUGACCAGCGGUUUCAGAAGCCAGUUCACCAGCAAACUGACCAGCGGUUUCAGAAGCUAGUUCAACAGCAAACUGACCAGCGUCUUCAGAAGCCUGUUCAACAGCAAACUGACCAACGGUUUCAGAAGCCAGUUCAACAAACUGACCAGAGGUUUCAGAAGCUAGUUCAACAGCAAACGCCAGUUCAACAGCAAACUGACCAGCGGUUUCAGAAGCCAGUUCAACAGCAAACGCCAGUUCAACAGCAAACUGACCAGCGGUUUCAGAAGCCAGUUCAACAGCAAACGCCAGUUCAACAGCAAACUGACCAGCGGUUUCAGAAGCCAGUUCAACAGCAAACGCCAGUUCAACAGCAAACUGACCAGCGGUUUCAGAAGCCAGUUCAACAGCAAACGCCAGUUCAACAGCAAACUGACCAGCGGUUUCAGAAGCCAGUUCAACAGCAAACUGACCAGCGGUUUCAGAAGCCAGUUCAACAGCAAACGCCAGUUCAACAGCAAACUGACCAGCGGUUUCAGAAGCUAGUUCAACAAACUGACCAGCGGUUUCAGAAGCCAGUUCAACAAACUGACCAGAGGUUUCAGAAGCCGGUUCAACAACAAACUGACCAGAGGUUUCAGAAGCUAGUUCAACAGCAAACGCCAGUUCAACAGCAAACUGACCAGCGGUUUCAGAAGCCAGUUCAACAGCAAACGCCAGUUCAACAGCAAACUGACCAGCGGUUUCAGAAGCCAGUUCAACAGCAAACGCCAGUUCAACAGCAAACUGACCAGCGGUUCAACCGCCAACCGCCAACAACGCCGGUUCAACCGCCAACGCCGGUUCAACCGCCAACCACGCCGGUUCAACCGCCAACCACGCCGGUUCAACCGCCAACCACGCCGGUUCAACCGCCAACCACGCCAACAACGCCGGUUCAACCGCCAACCACGCCAACAACGCCGGUUCAACCGCCAACCAAGCGGUUCAACGCCAACCAAGCGGUUCAACCGCCAACGCCGGUUCAACCGCCAACCACGCCGGUUCAACCGCCAACCACGCCGGUUCAACCGCCAACCAAGCCGGUUCAACAGCAAACUGACCACCGGUUUCAGAAGCAGUUCAACAGCAAACGCCACCGGUUCAACAGCAAACUGACCAGCGGUUCAACCGCCAACAACGCCGGUUCAACCGCCAACCAAGCCGGUUCAACCGCCAACCAAGCCGGUUCAACCAACCAAGCCGGUUCAACAGCAACUGACCAGCGGUUUCAGAAGCCGGUUCAACCAACCAAGCCGGUUCAACCGCCAACCACGCAACAACGCCGGUUCAACCGCCAACCACGCCAACAAUGCCGGUUCAACCGCCAACCAAGCGGUUCAACGCCAACCAUGCCGGUUCAACCGCCAACCACGCCAACAAUGCCGGUUCAACCGCCAACCGCCAACAAUGCCGGUUCAACCGCCAACCAUGCCGGUUCAACCGCCAACCAUGCCGGUUCAACCGCCAACCAAGCCGGUUCAACCGCCAACCAAGCCGGUUCAACCGCCAACCGCCGGUUCAACCAACCAAGCCGGUUCAACCGCCAACCAAGCGGUUCAACGCCAACCAAGCCGUUCAACCGCCAACCACGCCAACAACGCCGGUUCAACCGCCAACCACGCCAACAACGCCGGUUCAACCGCCAACCACGCCAACAACGCCGGUUCAACCGCCAACCACGCCAACGCCGCCGGUUCAACGCCAACCAAGCCGUUCAACCGCCAACAACGCCGGUUCAACCGCCAACAACGCCGGUUCAACCGCCAACCACGCCAACAACGCCGGUUCAACCGCCAACCACGCCAACAACGCCGGUUCAACCGCCAACCAAGCCGGUUCAACCGCCAACCAAGCCGGUUCAACCGCCAACCAAGCCGGUUCAAUCACAACCAAGCCGGUUCAACCAACCAAGCCGGUUCAACCGCCAACCGCCGGUUCAACGCCAACCGCCGGUUCAACCGCCAACCACGCCAACCACGCCGGUUCAACCGCCAACCAAGCCGGUUCAAUGCCAACCAAGCCGGUUCAACUGCCAACCAAGCCGGUUCAACAACCAAGCCGGUUCAAUCACAACCAAGCCGGUUCAAUCACAACCAUGCCGGUUCAACCGCCAACCAAGCCGGUUCAACCGCCAACCAAGCCGGUUCAACCGCCAACCAAGCCGGUUCAACCGCCAACCAAGCCGGUUCAACCGCCAACCAAGCCGGUUCAACCGCCAACCAAGCCGGUUCAACCGCCAACCACGCCAACAAUGCCGGUUCAACCGCCAACCACGCCAACAAUGCCGGUUCAACCGCCAACCACGCCAACAAUGCCGGUUCAACCGCCAACCACGCCAACAAUGCCGGUUCAACCGCCAACCACGCCAACAAUGCCGGUUCAACCGCCAACCACGCCAACAAUGCCGGUUCAACCGCCAACCACGCCAACAAUGCCGGUUCAACCGCCAACCACGCCAACAAUGCCGGUUCAACCGCCAACCACGCCAACAAUGCCGGUUCAACCGCCAACCACGCCAACAAUGCCGGUUCAACCGCCAACCACGCCAACAAUGCCGGUUCAACCGCCAACCACGCCAACAAUGCCGGUUCAACCGCCAACCACGCCAACAAUGCCGGUUCAACCGCCAACCAUGCCGGUUCAACCGCCAACCAAGCCGGUUCAACCGCCAACCAUGCCGGUUCAACCGCCAACCACGCCAACAAUGCCGGUUCAACCGCCAACCACGCCGGUCCAACCGCCAACCAAGCCGGUUCAACCGCCAACCAUGCCGGUUCAACCGCCAACCACGCCAACAAUGCCGGUUCAACCGCCAACCACGCCGGUCCAACCGCCAACCACGCCGGUCCAACCGCCAACCACGCCGGUCCAACCGCCAACCACGCCGGUCCAACCGCCAACCACGCCGGUCCAACCGCCAACCACGCCACUCUAACCGCCAACCACGCCACUCUAACCGCCAACCACGCCACUCUAACCGCCAACCACGCCACUCUAACCGCCAACCACGCCACUCUAACCGCCAACCACGCCACUCUAACCGCCAACCACGCCACUCUAACCGCCAACCACGCCACUCUAACCGCCAACCACGCCACUCUAACCGCCAACCACGCCACUCUAACCGCCAACCACGCCACUCUAACCGCCAACCACGCCACUUCAACAGCAGACUGAUCAGCGGUUUCCUCAGCAGUUUCAGCUUCAGAAGCCAGUGGCGCAGGCAGAGCCCCUUGAUUAAAUGUGCUGUAGCUGAUUAUGAGCAAAUCCAAUGUGGACAACCUGGGAUCAGUGGUGCUGAGUGUGACGCAAUGAACUGCUGCUUUAAUGGACAGCAGUGUUACUAUGGGAGAGCAGAUCUUCAUCCACUGCAGUACAGAGGUGUGUCAUCCCUCUUCUGGCUCCUGUGAGCAAAGCUGCACCAGGAAGAGGAGAGACACUCAUGCCAAGACCAUCUCGAGUGGACAGACGGUGGUUUCUAGUGGAGAAGUUACUCUGGUCAUGUGAAUUCAGUGAUUUUAAUAAACUGCAUGUAACUUCAAGAUUCUUGUUUCUCUGGCUUUUGUUAGCUGAGUCUCAAACACUGUUUAUAGUCUGGUUUAAAGGGACCCUCUACUAAACUGGUGCUCCGUUUGCUUUAGUAAGGUCUCCCAUUCUCACCAACAAAGUGACAUCUUGCUAAAGCUGAGCAUCUACAAAACUUAAUUUGGCCAACUGCUUGUUAAGCUCCAAUGGCAGA